UGUGUCUCUUUACCAUGUAAGCAGUAUUAAAAAGCGUACGCACAACUUCGCAAGUGAUUUGAAAAAUCAUGUGCUUUUUUUAGCGUUUGAGCUUCCGCUCUUGUGGUUUUCUAAAUAUGAUAAAUUAUCUAUACUUCUAGUUUUUAACAGAACCAGGUUAGCUACUUUCUUAUUGGUUGAUGUAUCAUGAUGUAGAAAUUCUUAUUUCCAACUGGUAAGUCCUUCGAUUCCAGUGGAGUUGUGGAUGUAUUUUGAUUUCUCCCGCGUAUUAUUAUCUGGAGUUGAUCCAUUGUCUGCGCUAAAUGGUAUGGAUUCCCUCGAGUCGCCCCCUUCGAUAGACACGCCCCUUGAAAACAGCCCUUCGAGCAGCAGCGGGGCUCCCAGCAGUGUGCGUCAGGCUGUUUCGUCGCCCGUUGACAGUCAGGAGCUGUCGCACAGUAAAGAGCGAUCGUCGCCUGGCUGCCCCGCGAAGACGUGUCGGGUGUGCGGCGAUGUGGCUCUCAACAUGAACUUCGGUGCCAUAACGUGCGAAUCAUGCAAGGCCUUCUUCCGAAGGAAUGCCUUGGGAGGAAAGGAAUUCAAGUGUCCAUUCGAAGGCAACUGUAACGUGGACACCGAAUCGCGCCGCUGGUGUCAGCAAUGCCGGCUGCGGAAAUGUUUCACGGUGGGCAUGCGACGGGAACUAAUCCAGAAGGGAAAACGCCCCUCCGAUGAUCUAGGUGGUGGCAGGUACGAGGACAGUCUCGUCUGUCCGGAAGCGGCGCCGUUGGCCGACACGGUACCCAAGAGUCCAGCCAAGCGUCCUCGCACGCGUCAACCCAAAGUGAUUGCGGUGCUGCGCAAUACGGUCAAGGAAGAAGUGCGUGAUGAGAGCGUGGGCGAGAUUAUGCAGAAUGUGUCCAGUGUGGAGAUCUCUUCGCCGACACCCAGUGCCGAAUCCUGUUCCUCCCAUGAUCCCUUCCCGGAUGGAUUAGAACUGUUGUCUUUGUUUGAAAAGCAGAAAAUUAUGGAACUGGUCAAAGCCAACGAAGUUAUGUACGAGGCCAAUACCGGGGAUGAUCCCUUAGCAGUCCGGUAUCAGGAACAGCACCAUCGAUUAGUGGAUGUUAUCAACAUGACUGACAUUGCAAUACGCCGACUCAUCAAAAUGUCCAAACGUAUAUCCGAGUUUAGGAAUUUGUUACAAGAGGAUCAGAUCGCCUUAUUAAAAGGCGCCUGUUUCGAAAUGAUGAUUCUUCGAGCGGUGAGUCAUUACGACUUGGAGAAAGACUGCUGGCAAGGUCCGCAAGCCACACUGAUCAAAGUUGAUGUGCUGAAGGAAGCACGCGGUAACUGCUACGAAGAAAUCCGCACAUUUAUUCGUUCCUUUGCUCCGGAAUUGCGCCAAGAUGAGCCACUGCUACUAAUAAUGGGCGCCGUGGUUUUAUUCCAUCCUGGCCGACCAGCCCUGGAACACUGCGGGCAGAUUGGUGCGCAGCAGUCUUUGUACUUUUAUCUACUGCACAGCUAUCUCCGCUCAAAGUAUGCCAAGAAUUCCAAAGAAGAGAUUGAAGCGCUGUACACGCAGAUGACCAGCCGAAUCGAAAUACUUCACAAACUGAACGAUCGGCACAUUACCAUGUUCCUGGAUUUGAAUCCCGAACAGGUGGAACCUUUGCUCAUUGAGAUCUUCGAUUUGAACCGGCAUGCAACGCGGCGAGGGGAUGAAACGUCCGCACUGGUCAAGAUUCAAUAAAUUUGAAUGUUUUUAUGUUUAUAAUUUUGCACAAAUGCAGAUGAGAUGAGUUUUGUUAGUGGAUAUAAUUGAACGGUGAUUUAGCUUUUUUUUAGUGCAGUAUUUGCAGUUAUCGUGAGUGUUAUGUAUUUUUCUUCUUCAUCUUUCUGUGUUUUUGGUCUGUUCUUCCGAGAAGUUAUAUUAUCAGCCUGAUAUAUGUUUUGAAAUGCGAAAGUAGUGAUCGGUGUAGAGAAAAUAAAUCCCUUUGGUUGUAAAUUGGAUAACGCUCUUAU